AUGACGCCCCGCGGCCAGCGCGCCCUGUCCCCGCCGGCCCGGCCCCAGCACCGCCGCCGCCCCCCGCGGCCCUUUCCCUGCUUGGCCGCCCCUGUGGGCCGCUACACACCGAUUGUGAAGCCCUUCCAGUGCCCGCGUUACAGAGCGCAACUUAACGCUCCGGCGUUGCUGGAGCCACUCAAGCUGACGCACAACCUGCAGGGCCCAGGCGCACCCCCGCAGGCCUGGGCCGCGGGGGCUGGUGCGGGAGAGACCCCUGGCGAGGGUGGCGCUGAGGAGGCAGGGGAUGGCAGGCCGGCCUGGGACGGCGGGCUCCUCCUGAGCCGCGUGGGGGGCGGUGUGCCCGAGCUGGGGGGACUGCCCUCGGGGGGGGGGGCGGCGGGAAGGCCCCCCCCACCGGCGGCCGCGGCGGAGCCCUGGGAGGACACCCUGUACCCUUGCGACUGCGGGACCUUCUUCGCCUUGGCCGCGCUGGCCAGCCACCUGGAGGCGCACUCGGCGGCCACCUACGGCUGCGGCCACUGCGGGGCGCUGCACGCGGCCCUGGCGGCUCUGGAAGAGCACCGACGUGCCAGCCACGGGGCCCCCCAGGGGGAGCCCGCGGCCGGGGAGCCCGCCGCCAGCUCUGGCUGCAGCAAGAUCUUCGGCAGCUCCGAGUGCAGCUCCGAGUGCGAGAAGCUCUUCCGCGCCCCGCGGGACCUGGAGCGGCACGUGCUGGUGCCCACGGGCGAGAAGCCGUUCCCGUGCCUCGAGUGCGUCAAGUUCUUCCGCCAGGAGUGCUGCCUCAAGCGCCACCGGCUGCUGCACAGCACUGAGCGGCCCUUCCCCUGCCACAUCUUCGGCAAGGGCUUCAUCACACCCCGCAACCUCUCCAGGCACCUGAAGCUGCACCGCGGCACGGACUGACCA